CAAAAAAUACAACCAUGACUCCACAAUUUCAAUACUUCACUCCUGAAGAAGAUUACUCACCCCCUUUCUUUACAAACUUUAACAUCCAAGAUCCUAUUUCUGUGCUUCAUAUGACCUCUUUCUUAACCAAACCCCCUGAUCAAUACUUCUCCCCAAACAACCCUUCGUCUAUCAGCACCAACUCAACGUCUGAUGAAGCCGACGAGCAACAAAUUGGCAUCAUCACCGAGAGGAAACGAAGAAGAAUGAUAUCUAAUAGAGAAUCUGCUAGAAGAUCAAGGACAAGGAAACAAAGGCAACUCGAUGAGCUUUUGUCACAAUUAGCCCAUCUUAAAACUGAUAACCAGAGCCUCAUGGAGCAGUUGAACCAUGUACUAAAGACCCAUGAGCAAGCUGUUGAAGAAAAUGCACGAUUGAAGGAAGAGACAACCGACAUUAGACGAAAGCUUGGUGAAAUCCAACUUGCUAACAUUUCGUCAAAUAUGCUUAAUUUCUGA